UAAACCCUAAAACCUUCUCUCUACUUUCUACCCUAAAACCCUCUAUUUGUUCCUUUCGACUUCGGGAAAAAAAAGAACAGACGGAGAAAUGGCUGCCUUUACCUCCAUUAUUCGCAAAUCGACGUCUUCCUUGGCUCCACUAGCGUUCCGGGCUGUCCGGGCUCAGAGGAAUUACCAGUCUUUGGUUGUGGCUGCCAUAAACCAUGCUAAUAUUUCUCAAAAUCACCCUCACAGCCCUCUGGUUCCGACCUUUCACUACUCCACCGAGUCAAAGAAACCCAGUUCGGACGAGUCGCUUCUCCGAGUAAUCGAGUCAGAAAUCCAGUGUGCCACAGAAACUGACGAUCAGGACAGGGUUGAAGAGGUUCCAAAUGGUUUUCCUUUUGAAAUUCUAGAUAAUCCUGGACUUCAAACCAUAACCCUGAAGAGAAAAUAUCAAGGAGAAGACAUCCAAGUUGAAGUUCAUAUGCCUGAUCUAGUCACUGGUGAACAAAAUGACGAUGGUGGUGAUGGAGACGAUGAUGAAAAAUCAAUUCAGUCUAGCAUCCCAGUAGUUGUAAAUGUUUCUAAGAAGAGUGGACCCGCACUAGAGUUUAGUUGCACUGCCUACCCGGAUGAAAUUGCAAUUGAAAGCUUGACUGUGAAACAUCCAGAAAACUCUGGUGAUGAAAUUGCCUACGAGGGACCUGACUUCCAUGAUUUGGAUGAGAAUCUGCAGAAGUCAUUCCACAAGUACUUGGAGAUCAGAGGAAUCAAGCCCAGCACAACAAACUUCUUGCAUGAGUACAUGAUUAACAAAGACAGUAGAGAAUAUUUGUUGUGGUUGGAGAAACUUAAGAAGUUCGUCCAAGCAUGAAGGCCUACUUAAAUUGUUUUGGCUACUUGUGUUGGAAGAGAUGAUCAUAAUCAUAUAGUUGUUUUAAUGGCGGAGUAAUAUAUUAACACCCUGUAUCAUGCAUGGAACAAUAUAUUUGCUCUUUCAAUGAUAGGAUACAACAAAUAGAUUUUUGGUAGAAAUGUAGACGUACUUUCUUUUUCAUUUGGCAAACUUUGAUUGAGUUUUUAUUUAUUUAUUAUAUAUAAAUCGAGAAUUGUGUGUUCA